GGAAGUACUGUGUAUUUUAUUGCGGUUAGUUUGACAGCGGUUUAGUUGUACAGAGUUUGACAGUAGUAGCUAGUCUGUCUUAGCAGUUGUCUCCUGCCUGUCUAUCGCCUGCUGAGAGUCGGUAACGUUUGCCACCGUUCGACUGCAAACGGAGUAACAACGAAACGGACAGCUUUAUGUGAGAAAUACAGACAGCUUUGUAGCUAGUUGUUGCACGUCUCAAUGGACACUGUUCAGAAAUUGGUGUCUGGAUUUUCUCUGGACCUUGGUCCAUUGAAAGAACCUCUUGGAUUCAUCCGUGUCCUAGAAUGGGUCUUCACCAUCUUUGCCUUUGCCACCACUGGAGGUUACUCUGGGACAUCCCACAUUACAGUCUCAUGCACGGGAGCAUCGCCGGAAGACAUAAAGCCUGCGUUUGGCUACCCAUUCAGGUUGCCAGCACAACCAUAUGAACUGCCGACAUGCAACGGCACUCAAACCAAUACGACCUUCCUGCAGGGUGACUUCUCCUCCUCGGCAGAGUUCUUUGUGUGUAUUGGUGUGUUUGGGUUCCUUUAUUGCACCGCCACGCUGAUCCUCUACCUGGGCUACCAGAACGUCUACCGCCAGACCACCCGUGGUCCCAUCAUAGACCUGGUGCUGACCGCUGCCUUUGCCUUCUUGUGGCUCGUGUCGUCCUCAGCCUGGGGCAAAGGCCUGACUGAUGUCAAGUGGGCCACUAACCCCGACCACCUAGCGGAGUCAUGCAAAGAAUUCUGUAAGCCAGGAGAAUUUCCUUCCAUGGGCCGCCUCAAUGCCUCUGUGAUAUUUGGCUUUUUGAACUUGAUCCUGUGGGCAGGGAACUGCUGGUUCAUCUACAAGGAGACUCCUUUCCACAAGGAUCCCAACCCACCAGCCACCAUGGAGGAAGCAGGGCCCCCUGAGCCGUAGCCACAUCACUGAGGCUCCUCAAGCAUAGCCCCAUGCCCGCAGCACGAACGCUCUGUGCCCAACACUGGUCUCUAAUGUUAACUUGCAGAAAUGGAGAAAACAAAAAGAAGGCGAUUGUCCUAAAUACCCCCUGUACCUCCCAACACAUGUUGGAGCUAUUUUUCAGCUACGGGUCUUUAGCUCAAGUUCACCUAGUCCCCAAUGACUGAGCAACCCUUUAUUUUCAUUUUAAAUCUGUCAUCACUGUAUGUACUUGGUGUUUAGAACAGCAGGCCUGCAGUGCAUUUCCUUCCAUAUUAGCACACUGUCCUCCCCUGAUGUCUGGCCUUCAGGGAGCCACAUAGUGAUGAAAUUGUGAUGUAAGAACCCAGAAUCUCUACUAGUCUUCAGCCAGAGAAAGCAAACAUCCCUCACACCCGGUAAAAGCAAGUGUUGCCGUAAAAAACAAAAUCCAAAAGCAAACUUUUUAGGUGGGCGCAAAUCCACCCCUGGGGUUCAGUCCAAUUUGUAAUCAGUAAGAGAAAAUGCUACAGUACAGAUCCCAAGUACUGUAUUUCUAAACAUGUAAGUCACUUCAAUUUCAUUAGAUGAGUCAUAGCAUGAGGGGCAAAAUAUGUCGAAUGCUCUUAUUCUCCAGUUAUAGCAACAGCUGAUAGCAGAGCCCUGCUC